GCUCUCAGCAACGCAUAGUCCGCAAAGCGCGUCUGCGGUACGUGAAGUUAUCGACCGCAUUGGAAGCCACUCGUUUUCCGUCCUGCCCUGAUGAGAAGAUCAUUUUAGCGUCGGUCUAUUGUCGCGUGCCAAGUCAAAUCCAGGCACUCACGUACCCCCAUCGCUCUCUCGCUCGUCUCUCCCUUUACGCGACUGUCCGUUCCCUCUCCCCGCCCUUCUCAGCCAUUCGCGGCAGUAGCGCACCAUCAUGGACUUCCAGUCUCCCCAAAACGGAAUGUACGAUCCCUCGAGCUUCAUCGACCCGAGCGCCAUCGCAAACCCCCAGAUGAACGGCGCGCGCCCAUACAACCCUAUGCCGUCGGUGCCCCAGAAACGAGAUUCCACUGGCGCUGCCCUCUCGCUAUCGCGCUCCCAGACACCUUCGCAGCAAGCCCAAUUCGGCUUCCAACACCAACAAGCCUUCACCAACACGCCUUCCCCUACUAUGCAAAGCCAGCACUUUGCGCCUGGCCAAAUGGGAGGCCAGCGGAUGAAUACUGCCUCGCCCGCGCAAAACCCCCAUGCGCCGCAGAUGUCUCCCAUGAACUUCCAGGCCUCGCCCAUGAACCAGGCCUUCAACGCCGCCAACUCGGGAAACCAGUUCCCAGUGCAGUCAGUCCAACUGUCGCAAAACCUACAGAGUCGCCAACAAGAGGCGCAAAGACAAUACGCGAUGCGCCUGCAGCAGCAGCAGCAGUUGGGCAACCUUGCCGCGAGCAACAUGGCCGCGCGCCAAGGACAACAACCGGGCGCGCAGAUGCCCGGCGCAAUGCAGAACCCUAUGCAGCACCCAGGCAUGCAGCAGAACAUGAUGCAGGCCCAGGGACAAACACAGAAUCCGCAAUCACAAUACAACCAGUUCAUUAAGAAUGUCCAGGCACUAAUGACCCAGCACAACCGGCCCUUCAAUCACCAGCCCCUCUGCGCUGGCCGUCCGACAAAUCUCCAGAACCUUUACGCGGCUGUUAUGCGCUUCAAGGGUCACCGAUUUGUGACGCAGCAAAAUGGAUGGCCCAGGAUCGCGCAGAUGAUGAGCAUACAUCCGCAACAGUUCCCUAAUGCUCCCAACGAAUUGCGCCAGAUAUACGAACAAUAUCUGAGCCUCUACGAAACUGCUUACCUCCAAAGGCAGCAGCAAAUGCAGCAGAAAGGCAUGCCUCCGCAAGGACAGAUGGGACAGAUGGGGCAAAUGGGUCAAAUGGGGCAGAUGGGAUCUAUGGGUCAGCAGAUGUCGCCAACAAGACCGACUAUGCCAGGGCAACCGGCCAACGUUCCAGGACACCAGGAGUAUCUCCAGCAACUACAGAGAUCGCAGGAGGCCAUGAAGCAACAACAACAGCAGCAGCAACAACGGCAAUCGCUUCCGCCGGCUCAGCAGCCACAUCAGCAACUCGAGCCAUCCCCACAUCCACACCAGUCGACACCUCUGCAGAGUAACGCAGCGCUUCCAAGCGUUAAUGGCAACACACCACAGCCCGACGGAAACGCGCGCAAAAGCCUCAGCAGACAGCUGGAAGGGACUCCCACUCAGGGCCAAGAGCCUAGCCAGUCCCAGUCGUCACCGAUGAAGCAGGAGGAUAAUGCCACCACCGACCCGGCAGCAGCUGCUGUAGAGGAGCCCGAGAAACGCAAGCCAGUAAUUGAGCAAGAUGAUGGCACCCGGGUCUACCAACCCGCUUACCGAACGCAAGACACAUGGGGAGGCCUCGACUUCGAUUCCGACAAUUUCAAGAACAUGAUCGACACGAUUACAAACUACAAACCAAAUGUGCCAUUACUGCCGGAGAUGGGUGUUAUCGAUGUUCGAGCUAUCAACAUGAGCAUCAAAUCGGGACUCCAUGCGGAGGUGCGACUGGGGCUGGACACCCUCACGCGUAUAACUUACGAUAACACCGUACAAUUCAAUUUGUCGCACUGCGAAGAUCUCACCGAGGUGUUGGUGGAGUACGCGGAAGAUCAAUUGGAAAUACUAGGGAACGAUAAUCCCGAAGUCACUGACAUUAUCGAUCUCACACCAUACGAGGACGUUCUGCACCACUGUCGCGAGGAGGCUUCAGCACUACAAGAGCUCCCACAGGCUGGUUCGAAGGAGUACAUGCUCGAUCGCACUGCGGAUCGAUUGCUCGCAAUCACAACCAUUUUCCGAAACCUGUCCUUCCUGGAGGUUAACCACGACUCCCUGGUCAGUCCUCCUGUCAUCAAAUUCCUUGCAAACUUCAUACGGCUUGUUGGGACCCGCGUACUAUUACUACGAUCGCAUAUCAACACCUUCGACUUCAUGAAAGAUGUCGUUACUUUCUUCUCCAACACCAGCGCCAAGGUUGUUUUACCCAACCGCGAAGAUGCCUACGCUGUGUUGCAUUUCCUAUGCGCUUUUGCACCAGUUCCACGACCCGCUGAGCCUGUUAAGUUUACGCCUUUCAACCCGCAAAUCCACCGCUAUCUCCCCUCUGCUGUUGACAGUCUUGCAAAACUCCUCGCUCGCGACGAUCCCAACAGGACGUACUAUAAGCAAAUCUUCGUCAAUGAGGCAACAUCCACCCCUGCAUAUGACCUUCUGACGCGUUCCUUCGCUCUUGCCAUCUCCGUUGUGCCGGACCGCAACUACAUCGAAAACAAAAUGUACCAGAUGAAAGAGCCACGCCCCAAGGAAGUACGCAUGUUCGAAGCGCGCGUUGCGGAGUCAAGAAAAGCAUACCUUAUGCAGGGCAUGCUAGCUGCAGACAUACUCGCUAGUUUAGCCCCAGGGCCUGAAACUGGCAUCUGUCGCUCAUGGCUUGAGUCAGAGGAUGGUUGGGCGCAUAGCCUACUGAAGUUUGCAAUGUCGCUUUCCGCUACCGAUGCAGCCAUCCCACACCCCCCACAACCGCCAAAUCACCGCGGUCAGCGACCUAUGGACCAUGACCGGGAAGGCUUCCAGCUCAUCGUCCACCGUGCGCUGUCGACUCUCAAACGUUUAGGCGACAAAUCGAAGGGUGGCGAGCCCCUGGUCAAGGGCGUGCAACAACCAAAUGGGCACGUGAACCACGACGACGAAGAGGAAUAUGACGACGACGAUAUGGAGAUCUUCAACUUCAACGGUAGCUCGUGGAAAGUCAAGGCGGAUAUACUACCUCGAAAGGAGACGUUGCUCGGCGCACUCUUGACCGCACAAUUGGACGUGCGGAGCCUGAACCAGUUUUGCAAGAUUGGCUAUCUGGACGAAUAAUGGAACGUGUAGGAUAAGCGGGAUGGGAUGGGAUGAGGUGUCUAGGCGAACAUAGGAUGUGUAUAACGGCGGAGUGGAAACUGUUAUCAUUUUUGAGUGCUGUAGCAUUGCGAGAGAGUUCACAUGGUUUUGCUUCAGUCUUCUCGCCGUCUGUACCAAACUCUUUUUCAUCUUCUUGUAUAGACAAUGUAUGAGACUGUAUGUGUAACACCAUGUACAGUUUCGCUCCCAAAGCCGUGUGCUCUGCUCCAACAAUCUCCAACAACAGUGAACAUG